AAAUAGAAUAACUAUCAAAAUUGAAACCCUAGAUUUCUAAUUCUCUCUAACCUAUCAUCUCUCGUUCAUCUCCAAGUCUCCCUCACUCUCCCGCCGCCUCAGUCACUCUCUCUCACUCCCUCGCCCAGCCGCCGCCCGCCGCCCCACCAGUUCGCCCGCCCGCUGCCGGCGAAGGCGAGGACAGCAGCAGCUGCAGAAGACGCGGCACACCGCACACGCCCUUCCUCCUCCAGUUCGCUCGCCGCCCCUCUUUCCCUUCUCGGACCACUCCAGCUCCAGCUCGCCGGCCACCUUCUCGGAGCACUCCAAUUCGUCGGCGGUCGGCCUCACCGUGCCAGCCUCCCUCUCAGUUCGCCGGCGAAGGCGGAGUUACAGGUCUCGUUGUAUUCGCUGAACAAGUGAAAAGGAGGUUUGCUAUUGAUUACACUAGUGAAUCGGUGUGUUGCACGAUGCUGAGCUCGACUGUUGUCAAGAAAUUGAAGCCUUCAAACUCAUCCUUGGAUUCUCUAAGCUACCAGUUCCUGCAGAGAUGCUCUGUCAGUGGCACAGCGAAGGGGAAAGGUAAGAUCAAAACCGGGCAGCCUUUGAAGCGAUCAAAGGUCACUACGAAAAAGGGGUCAGCAUCCGAUCCAUCUGCGAAAGAAGGGCCGAGGAAGAAGAGCAAUUUUGAUGAAAUGGUUGAGCAAUGUCUGACUUCCACUGCACCACUGAGGUUCUUGAAGACCAAAGAAAAGGAGAGAGAAGCCGAGCGAGAGAUGAUGGGGCUCAUAAGCAAGGCGAACGAGCAGGCAAAAGAGAAGCUAAAGAAACAAAAGGACGAAUUCACUUCACCUUGGAUCAUAGGAACUUCGGGUUUGGAUUAUAUUACUUUAGGGUUAGUCGAUGCCGAUAAGAUCCCAAAGUACGAACUGACUGUGGAGGACGGACGGAGGCUUGCAAAGGAGUACAGUAGGACCUUGAUGAGGAAACAUAGAGCAAGGCAGGCGGCAGAGACAGCACUAUUGCAGUGUAAGAAGGAAGCUAUUGAGGCAUUGCCCGAGCAUCUCAAAGCGGCUGCUUUAGUCCCGGAUUUGACUCCUUUUCCAGCGAACCGAUUUAUGGCAGCACUGACCCCACCAAUCGAAGGCUAUAGCGAGAAGAUCAAUGAGGCAGCACGGAAGAGUGUUGAAGGGAAGAAGCGCAGAUGAUAAGAGGCGACGCCUCAGCGUGGGUUUGCAACUUCAAUUUGCAGUUAUCUUGGGCUUACGAUGACUAAUUUUCUUGCAAUGGUUCGUUUCUAUGUAGCUUUGGUUAGUUAAGUCACUAUGCAUUGCUGCAAAUAAGAAUUUAGCAGUAGUCAUAUUAGCAUUCUUCAGUGGCUGUUUUGACUUGCUACUCUUUUUUGAAUGGUAAUUGCGAAUCAUUGUGGAUCA